AUGUGUGAAAUGGACGACGUUCUAGUUUCAGGAGUCGAUUGCCAAGAACACGAUCUAAAACUGAUGGCGGUUUUGGAUAGAUUACAAGCUGAAGGAGUAAUGCUAAACAAAGAAAAAUGUCUUGCAUACAAUUACGUUUUGAUCGUUGUUGUUGUCACACUCCGUCGAUGUCACAGCACACCUGCAAGCAAGAAGAGACUCGCUAGAAAUCUCGAAAACGGGGUAACGUUUUCUCAAUGUCUUAGAAACUGUACAAUGCUUAGAACUAUGCACAGCACUGCCAAGUAUAGCCUUGUCACCUUCUUGCCAAAAUUUCUUUUUGAGCAGUUUCAGCGAUACUCUAAUGUUUUCUUUCUGUUCAUUUCGAUUCUGCAGCAAAUUCCAGGGGUAUCUCCAACUGGUCGCUGGAAUACUCUUUUUCCACUAUUCAUUGUGUUGUUCGCCACUGCUCUGAAGGAGAUAGUAGAGGAUUGGAAGCGACACCAAGCAGAUCAUCAAAUCAAUGAUCGUUGUGUUCGAGUAUGGUGGAAUGGUACAUUUCUAAUGUUGAAAUGGGCACAGGUAAAGGUUGGCAACAUUGUGAAAGUUGUCAGUGGUGAAUUCUUUCCUGCAGACUUGCUUCUUUUGUCAUCGAGUGAACCGAAUGCUAUUUGCUACAUUGAAACAGCUAACUUGGAUGGUGAAACUAAUCUGAAAAUACGACAAGGUCUUGCACAAACAAAAUACUUGACAUCAACAAGUGACAUACUGUCUCUUCAGGGAUCUAUUAAUUGUGAACAUCCAAAUAAUAAAUUAUAUGAAUUUGUUGGCAACAUCAUCUUGAAGGAACAGGCUGCUGCUCCACUUGGUCCUAGUAACUUGCUUCUAAGAGGUGCACAACUGAAGAACACUCAGUGGAUUUAUGACUACCAGAUGGGAUAUUUUGUAGUGCAUGCUCUGAAUCUACAUAUAGUACCAGAAAUAGUAACUGAUCAGUUUUAUCAAUCGACCAUUGAUUAUGUGGAAAAUAUUGCUAAUUUGCUGGUGCAGAGUAUUUACGUUGACAUUUCAUAUACCCUAAUAUUAUUGUGUAAAGAAUGCUUCAACAUGCAUAACUUUCCGACAGACUCCAGUCUCAGCAAGUGCCUCUCAUGUCCCCAAGGUGGGGAUGUCAUGCAGUCUGAACUCCUUCGUCCUGAAUCCAAAACAAAAAUUUUGAACCUUGUUACAGAAUGA